AUGGGGUGGAGAUGUGGCUCUCUUUUGAGCCACAGCGCUCUCUGCAACAGAUUCCAGAGAAGCCAGACUGGGAUAUCACUCGGGCCCGCGCCCUGGGCAAACGCAGGGUCUCCGUGGGAAGCUCGGAGGUGGCGGGGACGCGAGGGCGGCGGGCGGGGAGCUGGCUCCCCUCCUCUGCUCGCUCCCCUCGCGAGGGCCAGGUCUCUAGCGCCGAGCACGCCGGGAGGCCAUCAGGGGCGGGCCCGCGGCGGGGCUGCCCUCCCCUCGGUGACGUCCCAGAGGGCGGAGGACCGCGCGCUGGCUCCGCGCCCUCCCCGCCUCCUCCGGGUGCCGGGUCCGACGGUCCUCGGGAGAUGCUGCUGCCGCCUUCGCAUUUGCUGUGCACGCUGCUACGGGUCAGUCCGCUCCACCGCCGUGGCGCCGCGGGGUGCGAGGUCGCACCCGAGCCGGGCCAUGCAGCCGGGAGCCGCGCUGCAGGCCAUGCUGUUGGCCGCGCUGCUGGCGGGGCCCCAGGGCGCCACCGGCCGCCUGCUGAGCGCCUCGGACUUGGACCUCGGAGGAGGACAACCAGUCUGCCGAGGAGGGACACAGAGGCCUUGUUAUAAAGUCAUUUACUUCCACGAUGCUUCUCGAAGACUGAACUUUGAGGAAGCCAACACAGCCUGCAGGAGGGAUGGGGCCCAGCUAGUCAGCAUUGAGUCUGAGGACGAACAGAGACUGAUAGAAAAGUUCAUUGAAAACCUCCUGGCGUCUGAUGGUGAUUUCUGGAUUGGGCUCAGGAGGCAUGAAGAGAAGCAAAGCAAUAGCACAGCCUGCCAGGACCUUUAUGCGUGGACGGAUGGCAGCACGGCAACAUUCAGGAACUGGUAUGUGGAUGAACCUUCGUGCGGCAGCGAGGUCUGCGUGGUCAUGUACCAUCAGCCGUCGGCACCUGCUGGCAUCGGGGGCCCCUACAUGUUCCAGUGGAAUGACGACCGGUGCAACAUGAAGAACAAUUUUGUUUGCAAAUAUUCCGAUGAGAAACCAACAGCUCCUUCUACAAAGCCUGGAGAUGAAAGAACAGAGCCAGCAACACCCACGCUUCCGGAAGAUACGGGGAAAGAAGAUGCCAGAGAGACAUUUAAAGGAAAUGACGAAGCCGCCUUGAAUCUUGCUUAUAUUCUAAUCCCCAGCACCAUCUUUCUCCUCGUGGUCAUCACGGUUGUCUUUUGGGUUUGGAUCUCUAGAAGGAGGAAACGGGAGCAGCCAGGCCCCAGCACGAAGGAGCAGCACACCAUCUGGCCCUCUCCUCACCACGGGGACAGCCCAGACCUCGAGGUUUACAAUGUCAUACGAAAACAAAGUGAAGCCGAUUUAGCUGAGACCCGGCCAGACCUGAAGAACAUCUCAUUUCGAGUGUGUUCGGGCGAAGCCACUCCCGAUGACGUGUCUUGUGACUAUGACAACAUAGCUGUGGACCCCUCCGAAAGUGGAUUUGUGACUCUGGCAAGCUUGGAGAGUGGCUUUGUGACCAAUGACAUUUACGAGUUCUCCCCAGACCGAACAGGGAGGAGCAAGGAGUCUGGAUGGGUGGAAAAUGAAAUAUAUGGUUAUUAGGACACAUGAGAAACACUUGAACGAACGGGAAUGGGAAAGAAAAGGGGAGCAAACUUCUCCUGUUUUCUAUGAGGAGAAGACUCAGAAAGUCUAUGAAAAUCUCUGAUCAGGUCGUGGGGAUGAGCAUGUGAUCUCCAUUAGCCCCUGUUGGAUCCCCAAGUUUGGCCAGAUCCCCUAUCCCCGAUUCUCCCCCAGAUCAACCUUAGAAAGCCUUGCCCGUGGUCAGGCACGUAGUAGAAGAUACCAGUUGAUGGGUUACUUCUGACUUUGAAGGGACCAUGCUUUCCUUGGCAGGGAGAAGGUUGUGGCUGUGGGACUCAGGAGUCCCACCUCUGGGUUCUCUGUUUCUUACUCUGUACAGCAGCACGUAUAAUCACAGCAAGACAGAAAUUACUAACUCUUUGCAAAGCCCAUGUCCUCUGUCAUCGGGCUGGCCUGUGCGUGGGUAAUUCUAAGGUCCAUUUUUUUCAAAGAAUCAAAUCAAAUCAAAAGCAGGAAGCAGAAUGUUAGUCUGUCUGUGUCUACAGCCCUUCCUCUGCCUGUGGCCUCAGGGGACCUCUUUUUCUUUCUCCUCACAUCCAAACUUGGAAAUAGCCAACUUGGAAAUAUUUGACAAACUGGGACUGAAAUCCCCAGUCUCGGCUUCCAGGCGCCGCUGCGUGCCCAGCCCCGGCAGUGCUCGUUACAGUGCUGGUGUGUGCGUUCGACCCAAGCACCAGCACAGUGUUGCCGGUGACGGUCCCCACUCCUCCUGUUUGUCGUAGGGACCGGCUUGAAUACUCUGGGACUCAGGUCUGCAGCAGAGUUUCUUGGCCCAACACCAGUUGUUUACAUGUUGAAGGUCUGAGGGCUUCUAUCUUGCUUUUUAGGCUUUCAUCUCUGUCUUAUUUUCUCACAGUUUGUCCUUUUGCCUCAUGUGUGGAGCCCGGAACCAGAGAGAGUUCGCUGGUCUGGGUCCCAGCAGUAUCACUGCCCAAUUACCCGCCACAGUGGGGCGGAGAGCGGGGUGGACGACAAACACGUCACUUAUGCCUGCUUCCAGGAAGUGCAUUUUGUGGACU